AUCUCAGGGGUUGCCACAAAGAAGAGGGAAUCAAACUAUUCUCCAAAGCACCUGAGGGUAGGACAAGAAGCAAUGGGUGGAAACUGAUCAAGGAGAGAAGCAACCUAGAACUAAGGAGAAAUUUUCUGAUAGUUAGAACAAUUAAUCAGUGGAAUAACUUGCCUCCAGAAGGUGUGAAUCCUCCAACACUGGCAGUUGUUUAGUAGAGUCUGGACAGCCAUUUGUCUGAAAUGGUAUAGGCCAGCUUUUCCUGCCUGAGCAGGGGUUGGACUAGAAGACCUCCAAGGUCCCUUUCAACUCUAUUCUGUUCUGUCUAUAUGAAGAGACUGGGAUUCCUUUUCCCUAGUCACAGUUUGGCCCCACUGGAAGUUAGAAGGUUUGAAGGAAGUAGAGCCAUCCCUUCUCGUGAAGGUCCUUUUAUAUAAUAUUUAUAUAAUUUACAGAUAAUAUAUAGUAUCUGUAAAAGUUUCUUUGUUUGCUCCAACUGUUUCACUUGGCAAGGAUGCAAUUGAAAUAUAGUUUGGGGGGAGAGGGGGAUACGAAAGAAAAUCCAUGUGUGCAUUAUGAACUUACACAGGAAAACUGUAUUAAAUUACCGUACUUUUGCUUGUGUAUAAUAGUAGAAGCUUGGAAUUAUUUAAAAAGCCAAAUUUUUCAUGUUUCCCCAAGAGGCUAUUAUAUGUUGAAGGAAAGAGUCUUACAGUUCGUAUUUCAAUACUUGGCCUAGCAGAAACAUUACUUCUUAAUGGUUGAAUUUUAUAAAUUGAGUGAAUAGAUGUAAAAGUAUCAGCUAUGAUGAGCUGUUAGUUAUCCAUGAAACUUAAUGUGUUGGUACUGUUACCAAUACAAGAAUAAGGGAGGAAGAGGGAUGCUACUUUAAAUUGCAUGGGUCCUUAGAUGUGUGUUUUCUGGGAGUGUACUGCAGCUGUGGAAGUCAAACAUCUGAUUCCAGAAAAAGCAGCUGCAUGACCCUAAAUGAUCUUUUCAUUAAUAUGACAGUCUGUUAAUUGCUAAGAUAUAUAUUUUAUUACAGCAAUACAUUUUUUACUUAUUAGAGUUUGGAGGAAUAAAUAUCGGAUCUUUUAUUGGCUUCAUGGAAAAGUGUAGAAUAAUUUUUCACUGCAUGAGAUUAGAGUCAAUUGAUAAAUAAAUGUUGCAUUAUAAAAGCUUUCAUUUCAGUCCCUAGCAACUUUAUGAAGUCUAGUAGAACUGAUGUCUGAAACUCCAUCCAUGAAUACAACAUUGCAUUAAAUGGGAUGAUUGCUGAUUGGAUACCUUCAUACAUUUUAAUGUUUGGAAUUUUGCAGAACCAUAAGAAUCUUAGAAGAAAACCGUAAUACAAAAAAGCUUACAAUCAAUAGUUCUUCCUGAAAUACUUCUUCAAAUGACUUUCAACUCUAGAAGACAAGAAAUUCAAAGUGAUCCCUUCCCAUGCAUGUCCAAACAGAUGAUCUGACAUUGCUCACUCAAAUAAUUUAAUAAAGUACAGAAAAUCUGAAAGUGCUAAGUCAGAAACCAGCGGUGUGAACAUUGGAAAGGAAAGACUAUCAGAACAAUACUUUUUUAAAAAAGAUGUGCUGGCAAAAAUAAUUUUUACUAGUGGCCCUUGAUAAAUCUAGUGCCUUAAGAAAAAAGAUGGGGUUUGGAAAUGACCUGAAGUAUUCUCAUGAAGCUUUGCUAAAACUGCAAGAUUGGGAGUUACGGCUAUUGGAAACAGUGAAGAAAUUUAUGACCAUGAGAAUAAAAAGUGACAAAGAAUACGCAUCCACUUUACAGAACCUUUGCAAUCAAGUUGAUAAAGAGAGUACGUCACAAUUGGAUUAUGUCAGUAAUGUAGCAAAGUCAUGGUUGCUUAUUGUGCAACAAACAGAGCAGCUUAGCAAGAUCAUGAAGACACAUGCAGAAGAUUUGAAUGCUGGGCCAUUACAUAGACUUACUGUGAUGAUUAAAGACAAACAGCAGAUAAAGAAGAGCUAUGUAGGUGUUCACCAGCAAAUUGAGGCAGAGAUGUUCAAGGUUACAAAAACUGAAUUGGAAAAAUUAAAAUCUAGUUAUAGACAAUUAAUUAAAGAAGUAAAUUCUGCCAAAGAAAAAUACAAGGAAGCAUUAUCUAAAGGCAAGGAAACUGAAAAAGCCAAAGAUCGUUAUGAUAAAGCCACAAUGAAACUCCACAUGUUGCACAAUCAAUACGUGUUGGCAUUAAAAGGAGCACAGUUACAUCAGCACCAGUAUUAUGAUGCUACACUUCCUUUGUUCCUUGACUCUUUACAGAAGAUGCAAGAAGAAAUGAUUAAAGGACUGAAAGGAAUCUUAGAAGAGUACAGUCAGAUCACCAGCCUUGUGACAGAAGAACUAGUGAAUGUUCAUAAAGAGAUACAGAUAUCUGUUGAACAAUUAGACCCUGGUUCAGAGUACAGUAGUUUCCUAGAAACUCACAGGACAUCAGAUAUUGAACAACAAGAAAUAGAAUUUGAUACAUCAUUAUUAGAAGAAAAUGAAAAUCUUCAAGCUAAUGAGAUUAUGUGGAAUAAUUUGACAGCUGAAGGUUUACAAGCUAUGUUGAAAACUGUAGUAGAAGAACUGAUUCAGACACAGCAGACACUUCUAAAUAAGGAGGAAUUAGUUCUGGAAUUAGAAAAGAAGAUUGAAGAGUCUUCUAAGAUCUGUGAAAGAAAAUCUGACAUUGUGCUUCUGCUAAGCCAGAAGCAAGCACUUGAAGAAUUAAAGCAAACUGUUCAGCAGCUGAAAUGCACCGAAGUCAAAUUUGCAGCUCAGAAGGAACUUCUUCAACAAAAAGUGCAAGAAAAUGAUGGAAAAGAGCCCCCACCUGUUGUAAAUUAUGAGGAGGAUGCCAGAUCAGUCUCUUCCAUGGAUAAAAAAGAUAAAGUUUCCAGGUUUGAUACUAUUCGACAUUCCAUUGCUGGUAUGAUAAGAUCACCAAAGUCUAUGUUAGGCUCUUCAUCGGUAAGUGGACAGUUUUUUGAUGUAAUAUCAGCGAGUGAAAAACCCCUGGCAGAACAAGAUUGGUACCAUGGGGCAAUUCCAAGAAUAGAAGCUCAAGAGCUAUUAAAACAGCAAGGGGACUUUUUGGUGCGAGAGAGCCAUGGGAAGCCUGGUGAAUAUGUCCUUUCUGUGUUUUCUGAUGGGCAACGGAGACAUUUUAUCAUUCAGUAUGCUGAUAAUCAAUACAGAUUUGAAGGAACAGGAUUUUCAACGAUUCCUCAGCUUAUAGAAUAUCAUUAUACAACAAAACAUGUGAUUACAAAGAAAUCAGGCGUUAUUCUUCUGAAUCCUAUUGUUAAGGAUAAAAAAUGGAUUCUCAAUCAUGAAGACGUCAUUCUGGGAGAACUACUUGGCAAAGGUAACUUUGGUGAAGUCUAUAAAGGAACAUUAAAAGAUAAAACACCUGUUGCUGUAAAAACGUGUAAAGAAGAUCUUCCUCAAGAACUGAAAAUAAAGUUUUUAUCAGAGGCCAGAAUACUCAAACAAUAUGACCAUCCCAAUAUCGUAAAACUUAUAGGAGUAUGCACUCAAAGGCAGCCUAUUUAUAUUGUGAUGGAGCUUGUUCCAGGAGGUGAUUUCCUUUCCUUUUUAAGAAAGAAAAAGGAUGAGCUAAAAACCAAACAGUUGGUGAAAUUCUCAUUAGAUGUUGCUGCUGGGAUGGCGUAUCUUGAAUCCAAAAACUGUAUACACAGGGACCUUGCUGCAAGAAACUGUCUAGUAGGUGAAAAUAAUGUUCUGAAAAUUAGUGACUUUGGGAUGUCUCGUCAAGAAGAUGAUGGAGUAUAUUCAUCUUCAGGAUUAAAGCAAAUUCCAAUUAAAUGGACUGCCCCAGAGGCCUUGAACUAUGGACGGUACACUUCUGAGAGCGAUAUAUGGAGCUAUGGAAUUUUCCUGUGGGAGACCUUCAGCUUAGGUGUAUGCCCGUAUCCAGGCAUGACUAAUCAGCAAGCACGGGAACAAGUAGAGAAAGGCUAUCGAAUGUCAGCACCUCAGAAGUGUCCAGAGGAUAUCUAUAAAAUAAUGCAACGGUGUUGGGAUUACAAUCCUGAAAUGAGACCAAAAUUCAGCGAGAUUCACAAAGAGCUGUCUGCACUGAAAAAGAAGGUGACAUCAUGAGAAAUUAGCAGGACUCAAAGGACGGAACUUCCUUUUUUGUAGAAAAGUAUUAUUUUUCCUGUCACAAAUCCAGCACAUUUAUAUCACAUUUCUUCUGAUAUUCUUCUUGGAUUCCUUUUUUUAAAUAAUAAAAAAAAACUACUCUAUUCAAAUGUGCCCAACCUGAAGAAUGUCAAAAUUGACUGUUAAAAACAGAGUGUUCUGCUAAGUGCUUUAUAUGCUGUCAUUUAGGUUUUGUGUAAAUAGAUAAACAUGUAAUAUAUGUGUAGAGUUAGGAAAUUCUGGCUCAUUUAGAUAUUUCUGUGAUAAAUCCCAAAGAAUAUUUUGGGACCUUUGUUUCUCCUUUUCAAUCCAUGCACUUGCAACAGUCUUAGUGUAAGCCCAGUGGUUCAUGAAUCAUUCCCAUGAAUUUUAAAGUUAAAGGCAGUUUUCAAUAUAUCUUUUAAGGAAAAGAACACACACAUGCAAAAUCACCAGCUGAUGCAAUACUGAGUAUGUGUUUAUUCAAGAACAUUAUGUAAGGAUAUGCUUGUAGAAUGCAGAGUUUGGGCACAUACUUUUUAAAGACAUUUCAAUGUAGUAAUUGUUUCUAAUAUUGGAUAUUAUUUAUUUGCAUCUUUAAAUGAGAAAGAGGCACAAUUUGCCAGAAACUGGCAAGCACAAAUCAAUUAAUAGUGUAAUUUUUUUUUAUUUUCAGGAAAAAAUAUAUAUAUUCAAAAGUGAGGGUUACAUGUAAAGCAACUACUGGGAAGUGCUGUCUUUCAGAAGAAUGGAAUAUAGAAAUAGACAUUUUUAAAUGUGCACAUUCGGUAGUGCAGUCAACAACAUAUUUGCAAAUGAAAGUAGCAUAUGAUUGAGGUAACCAGUAGCAUCAAUUUUAUAUCAGAAAAGCAAAGUGAAUUACCUGAUUGGAAACUUUGUGAAUUGAUGUUUCCAUUCUGUAUGUCCCUGCAGAAAGGAAUACACACACAUUCAUACUGUAUCCACUAUUAGUUUCUCAGCUGUGUUUUUAAAAAAGGGCCUGAGAAGAAUAUGGUAGUAAAAAAUUACUAUCUUUGAAAAAAGUAGUUUGCCCUCUAAAACUACAAACUUGAACAGAAUACAAUUCCAUUUUUCCAGUUAAGCUGAGUAUAUCCACCCUUUAUUAAACUGAUAUUUGGAUGCUCUGAGACUUAUCAAUCAAUAAUCAGCAAAAUUAAUGACUGGAUUUUCCCUGAGAUUCCCAAGGAGAAUCACUUUUUUCCAGUUAUUGGUUUCAUCCUGAUUUCCUGAAUCCUUAGCUGGUCAGUUCUGUUGCAAAGCGUUUCAGAUUAUACCUCAGAAGCAGCCAAAUGCUAGUCAUGUUGUAUCAGGAAAUCAAGCACUUCCAGAUGAAGCAAUGUGAUGUUUUGCUCCUUAAAAUAGGGGUGAACCAAGUUGUUGGUGAAGUUUGUGAUCGCAAAACAUCUCUGUUUUGCUCAUCAUUCUGGAAGAGCACUUUUGGUCUUUUGUGCAUGUGUCUUGUGGUAGUGGUGAUGUUGAGCAAGAUGUAUUCUACUUUUAGACUAGAACAAUUGAUGUCAUUUCUGUGAUAAAAAUUAAUAUCAGAAUAAAACAGUAAAGCAUUAUA